AUGGUGCUUGGAAUAUUUGUGAAGAACCACAACACUCCUAUCAUCAUUGCCAAUAACCGAGACCUCACUUACAGUCUCCUCAUCUCCCUCCUGCUCUGCUUCCUUUCUGCAUUCUUAUUCAUUGGUCACCCUGAGAAGAUGGUAUGUCUCCUGCAACAAACGACUUUUGGAGUUGUCUUUGCAGUGGCUGUUUCUUCAGUGUUGGCAAAAAGUGUCACAGUGGUUCUGGCUUUCCUGGCCACCAAGCCAGGAUCCAAGAUGAGAAUGUUUGUGGGAAAGAGACUGUCCAACUCCAUUGUCAUCUCCUGUUCACUUAUUCAAAUAGACAGUGAUAUGCAUUCGGUAAUUGAAGAAAUUAUUCUGCAGUGCAAUCAAGGCUCUGUGACUAUGUUCUACAGUGUCCUAAGCUAUUUGGGCUUCUUGGCUGUUAUUAGUUUCAUAGUUGUCUUCAUGGCCAGGAAAUUACCUGAUACUUUCAAUGAAGCCAAGUUUAUCACCUUCAGCAUGUUGCCUUAUUUUAUCUCUCACUCACUAAAUCACAUAAUAGCAAAUGUAGAGUUCAAAGUCCUCAUGAUCCAUUUCAUAUGUACUAUCAGUCAGGUGAUGUCAUCGUGGGUCAUCAUUGUCACUCUCGCUGUUUUCCUACAUGCUACCCUAGACUUCAGCAAAGUCCCACCACCACCAUUGCUUGAAGACCUUAUAUUAGUUCCUAAAUAUUAUCAAAAUAUUGUGGCCCUGACAUUUGCAGUCAAUGAAAUCAAUAAAAACCCACAGAUCUUAUCCAAUAUCACUCUUGGCUUCAACAUCUGUGACAGUUACUUCAAUGCUCAGAAAACAUACCAUGCCACAAUGUCACUGAUUUACAACAAGAAAAGCUUUUUUCCUAACUAUAUCUGUGGUAUCCAGAAUCAUCUGAUUUCAGUGAUUGGGGGACUAGAUGCAAAAACGUCCAUUCACAUUGCAAAUCUCUUGGAUAUCUAUAAGAUCCCACAGAUGAGCCCACUGGAAAGACUUCAAUAUGAAGGGAUUCUGUCUUUGCUUCUCCAUUUCGGUUGGACAUGGAUUGGGAUAGUUGUAAUAGCCAAUGACAAUGGAGAAAGGGUUAUAGAAAUGAUUGUUCCAUUAUUGUCCCAGCAUAACAUCUGUUUUUCAUAUAGAGAGAGAAUCGGUGAAGUAACAACUGUUCAUGAUAUUUAUGACUUGUUCAACCGUGGUGCAGAAAUACAUGAUAAAGUUAUGGAUAGCAAUGCUAAUGUUCUGAUAUUUUAUGGAGAAUCUUAUACUAUGGUAAGACUGAGAUGGAUAGCAUAUUUAUCAAGAAAAAACAUAAUAGAUAUUGUCAAAGGUAGAGUGUGGAUAUUUACAGCACAAAUGGAGCUCAACUCACAUGUAUAUCAGAGAGAUUGGGAUACAGACAUAAUGAAUGGUGCUCUGUCCUUCACGAUUCAUGCUAAUGACCCACCAGGAUUCCAGUCAUUUACUGAAAGUAGAAAUCCUUCUAUGACAGAAGAUGGAUUUAUCAAGGAUUUUUGGCAGCAAUCCUUUGUUUGUGCAUUUAAAAUGUCAAAUGUAGGUGAGGGAGCUGGUGAUCUUUGCACAGGAAAAGAGAAACUGGAAGAUCUUCCUGUAACUUUUUUUGAAAAAAGAAUGACUGGUCACAGUUACAGUAUUUAUAACUCUGUCUAUGCAGUAGCCCAUGCAUUGCAUGCCAUGAUUUCAUCCAGAUCUGCCCAGCGGUCAGUGGCAAAUAAAGGGAGGCUGAAGCUUCAAAAUCAAGAUUCAUGGCAGAUGCACUCCUUUUUGAAAGGUCUCUCAUUUAAUAACAGUGCUGGGGAUCUGGUUUCUAUUGACUACAAUGGAGAAUUACUAGCUGGAUAUGAUAUACUGAACUGGAUUGUUUCUUCUAACGAAUCCUUCAUUAGAGUUAAAGUUGGGAGGGUAAACCCUGCAAUUUUUUCAGACCAAAUAUUCACCAUAAAUGAAGAUGUCAUAACCUGGCACAGUUGGUUUAACCAGUCCCAGCCUGUUUCUAUAUGUACUGAGAGUUGCCGUCCUGGUAGCAGCAAGAAAAUCAAGGAAGGACAGCCCUUUUGUUGCUAUGACUGCAUUCCAUGUCCAGAUGGGAAGAUUUCAGAGAAGGAGGAUACAAAUGAUUGUUACUUGUGUCCAGAAGGAAGCUAUCCAAACAAGAAUCAGGAUUCCUGUAUUCCUAAAACGUUGACAUUUUUAUCUUACAAGGAACCUUUGGGAAUCAGUUUAGUCUUCUUUGUCCUUUUGUUUUCUUUGAUCUCGGUGAUGGUGCUUGUAAUAUUUGUAAAGAACCACAACACUCCUAUCAUCAUUGCCAAUAACCGAGACCUCACUUACAGUCUCCUCAUCUCCCUCCUGCUCUGCUUCCUUUCUGCAUUCUUAUUCAUUGGUCAACCUGAGAAGAUGGUAUGUCUCCUACAACAAAUGACAUUUGGGGUUAUCUUUGCAGUGUCAGUUUCUUCAGUGUUGGCAAAAACCGUCACAGUGGUUCUGGCUUUCCUGGCCACCAAGCCAGGAUCCAAGAUGCGAAUGUUUGUGGGAAAGAGACUGUCCAACUCCAUUGUCAUUUCCUGCUCUCUUAUUCAAAUAGGUAUUUGCAUGACAUGGUUAACAACUUCUCCCCCAUUCCCAGACACUGACAUGCAUUCGGUAGUUGAAGAAAUUAUUCUGCAGUGCAAUCAAGGCUCUGUGACUAUGUUCUACAGUGUCCUAAGCUAUUUGGGUUUCUUGGCUGUUAUUAGUUUCAUAGUUGCUUUCAUGGCCAGGAAAUUACCUGACACUUUCAAUGAAGCCAAGUUCAUCACCUUCAGCAUGUUGGUCUUCUGCAGUGUUUGGAUAUCCUUUGUUCCAACCUAUUUGAGCACCAAGGGGAAGUACAUGGUGGCGGUGGAGAUAUUUUCCAUCUUGGCCUCUAGUGCUGGUUUGCUGGGCUGCAUCUUUUUUCCCAAAUGUUAUAUAAUUGUUUUAAGGCCUGACCUGAACAGCAGGAAAAAAUUAAUGAAUAAAAAACAAUUCUGA